CCACUCAAGUGAGAGAACUCCAUAAAAUUCAUAAACCGCACACUGCAAAUGCGGUCGAGGAAGACGACUACUAGAAAGAGGAACGUCGCCGCGUCGCCGGAGCUAGAUCGGCCUUCCAUUGACUCUCCGGGCGUCGAGCUUAACCGAUCCUCCGUCCACCCUGGCACGUCCAUACGACCAGUUGCCUCUCUUCUCAACCACCAUGCCGGAUACGUAGCGGAAGAUGAGCAGCGAUGGCUUAGUGAUGAGCCCGUCGAAGAUCUGAGCAAUAAGACUGGAAGAAUCGUAGGGUUAGGAGGAGUUACGAACCCUCGCAGCUUUCCUUACAGCGUGAAGCAGCAGUGCUGGGAGAAGGCUGAGAAGGUGAAGGGGCGGGAUCCUGAGAGAUGGCGGAGGGAUCCUUUCGGGAACAUCAUGUUUCGGAAGCUCGUAGGCUGCCCCGGUUGUCUCUGCCACGAUUACGACCACAUCGUUCCUUAUUCCAAGGGUGGGAAGAGCACAUUGGAGAAUUGUCAGGUUGUUCAGGCUACUGUUAACCGUUCAAAAGGAAACAAAACAGAGUUAUCUAAGUCGGACCUCAUACAGAAGAGUGCUUAUUGUAGAGUAUCAGGAAGGGAUUUAGAUCUUAUAGAACACUCUGCUUAUGGCAAUAUCCGCCGUGCGCAAGAGCCCGGCGGCUGUAACAUUCAGUAGCUAUAAGAUGGAAGGUUGAAUCUGUAAAUUUGAAAUUUGGUGAAUUGAUAGAAAAGUUUUAAUUAGAAGUGGAGCCCAUGAGCCUGCUAAUUUUGAUUUAGGGGGGGUCAUAUUGAGUCUGACUUUGAACUAUUGAGUCGAAUUCGAGUUGAGUUUGUUUAAAAUUGUUUUCGAAGAUUUUGAUAUCUACUCGUCUUUUUUUUUUACUAAUCCAAUUCGCAAUAGUUUGAUUGUGGCGCGGUUAACUAGGGUUGCAAACUUGUUGAGCUUGAAGGAGCUCAGGCUGGGCUCAUUUUCUGCUCGAAAUUGGCUUGUUUAAAUCCAUUAGAAAAAUAGAUUUAGGGUGUUGCAAUAGA